AUGGCGAAAGUAGAGAAAGAUCGGAGAGAAGAUGAAGAUGCUAGUGGUGGGACAGGUCCUAACAAACGUGAAUUCCCCAGGAGUCGGGAAACUCGUCGACGUAUCAACAGACCACCUUCAGCUCAGUACAGUGCACUGAGCGAGCGCCUUCGCUUAAGCACCCCGGCAGCUCUGCAAUGUGCGUUGUUCUGUGGCGGUGCUAGCUGCCAGUACGAACUGCCACAGAAACGAGACAAUGCCAUACAAGGAUUAUACUCAGAUUGGGUCACCGAAGACAUUCUGGCGAUGGCGCGGCCCAGCACCGCGAGUAUCGCAGCCAGGAACAUCAUGCAACAAUUUCAUAGUUGGGGAAUUCGUACGGUGGUGAAUCUGCAGACCCCCGGGGAACAUGCAAGCUGCGGUCCACCGCUUACAAAAUCCGGCUUCACUUACGACCCGACAAUAUUCAUGGCAAAUCACAUUUAUUAUUAUAACUUCGCGUGGCCGGACUACGGGGAGGCUAGUUUGAGCGGUCUCCUCAAUAUGACGAAAGUAUUGUCCUUCGCGUUACAAGAGGGUAGAGUCGCCAUACACUGUCAUGCAGGUCUAGGAAGAACCGGAGUCCUGAUAGCUUGCUACCUGGUGUACGCACUCAGGAUCCAUGCUAAUGACGCGAUACGCCUGGUAAGGAAGAAACGACCACGUGCUGUGCAAACAUCAGGACAGAUCCUGUGUGUGCAGCAGUUCGAACACUACAUACUACCGCAGACUGUUGUCUUCAGCACAAAGGAUCCUUUAUUAUUGGCGAAAGGUCGAAAAUGUGCUGAAUUUACUCUACGACAAUAUUUAUAUCGGCAGCAAGCUACACUCCACGGAAUAGAAGAACGGUUCUUUCGAGAGAUUCCAAAGAUAGUCUUCUGCACCUGUGAGAGACUUCUCAAGUUGUGCGGGUGCCAUGAAAGCGGUGGACAGGACUAUAGAAUAAAGAUACGGCCUUGUUAUAAGACAUUCCUGUCUUACAGACUUAAGAAAAACCAACCGAUAGACCCGACAACUCCUGAAGAGAUUCCUACUGGACAAACAGGAUCUCUGCCAAUGGUGGAAUGGCGUGACCCUGUAGAAGAAGACGUGGAAAGGAGCUUGGAGUCAGUCAGUAGGAUCACAGCCACAACUGCAAACGGUACCAUACCUGCAGUAAAAGUACAUGAGGCAUUCGUCUCAGAUCACCAAAGUCUUCCAGAAGAUAAACAAAAGUGUCUUAGGCAAUUACGCAAUGAUAUCAAUCAGAGACGAGAGGCUAUGGAUAUGAUUUUUGACGAGGAGGAUCCUGUGAUUCUAUCGGGCCUCCUAUUUGAGUGGCUCGAAGGUCUCAAAGAGGCUGUGCUGGACCGCGAAGACCUCUCCCUGAUAGUCGGCCGUGCGGAUAACACCGACUGGUGUAUACAGGCCUUAGAUAUGGAGGAUAUCAUACUAGUAGAAUAUCUGUUACGCUUCGUGAUAAGACUGCGUCCGUUGGCAGCGAACAAAAAGGUGGACAUAAUAAAACGCCUAAUUUCAUCAUUAACACAACAAACAAUAUGCAUCGGGGACACGUAUCUGCCUUCUGGACGGGAAUUCCCCAAACUUAGGGAGGGAACUUGCAGUCAAAUUGUGAACUUCAUGUUGAGAAUGAUAGUGGAAAUACAGAAAGAUAUUCUUAGACCUGGCUGCGAUGAAAAAGAUGUUGUCGUUCCAUCAAGAAGAUUAAAAAUAAAAGCAUGGAAAUAA